ACGCGCCGAAUGACGUCGUGCGCGUGUAACUACGCCAAACUUCCGUGCGGGAGAAAUGGCGGGUGAUCGCAACAGAGACACAAUGGAGGAUCUGGAGGAUGGAGAGCUCAGCGGCUCAGAGCCCGAAAUGCAGGCGGCUUCAGAUGACCGGCCCCAGAUGCCCUCAGCAGGAGCCUUUUCAAGUCAGUUCUUCCAAAGAAGAGAUGCACUGCCAGCGGUUCCACCCACCAACAGUUACCGCAGUUCCAUGCAAGCCGACUCCAGCGACAGCAACUCUGACUCAGAGGAAGAGGCUGUUCUUUGGAGGCGAAAGCGGCAGAAAUGUUCCAGUGUCCCGGCUCCUUUGCCUCCUGCACCGUUUGGAGCUCCCAGGGCUGCUACAGGGCCCCCAGGCCGUAAGGUGAACAACAUUUGGGGCUCUGUGGUGCAGGAGCAGAACCAGGACGCUGUUGCGGCAGAGCUUGGCAUCUUUGGGGUGGAGGGAGGCAUAAGUAUGGACAAUCGUCAGAGCGAGACAUACAACUACAUCCUGGCACGCAAGCUGAUUGAAAAGGAGAAGCAGGAGCAGGCACAGGGCAUGGAGGCUAUGCUGGACAACCAGCUAGAGCAGUAUAUGCAGCAUGAAACACCAGAAGAGCAGAGUGACUGCCACCUUAAGAGGAAGCGGUCAGCCAAAGAUAGGCUGGGGGCUAGAGCCGAGAUGGACUUAAAGGGACGUUAUGAGAUUACUCCAGAGGACCCUGAAGAGAAAGUAAUUGAUGAAAUAGCUCAUAGGUUAAUGGAGCCAAAGAAGGAGUUAAUAGAACGUGUUGUGAAGGUGAUCGGGGCGAAGAAAGCAAUAGAGCUGCUUUCAGAGACUGCAACAAUUGAACAAAACGGAGGUCUUUACACUGUGGAUGGCAGUAGAAGGCGGACCCCUGGAGGGGUGUAUUUAAACCUACUGAAGAACACUCCCAGUAUUACUCAUGAUGAAGUCAAGGAAAUAUUUCAUGACGAGAACCAGAAAGAGUGUACCAGCAAAAAAGCGGCCAAGAAGCGGCGGAGACACGUUGUUGCCAAGAAGAUGAAACAAGCUCUCAACACUUUGAACCUGCAAGAGCAUGACGAUGUCUCUCGAGAAACCUUCGCCAGCGACACCAACGAAGCACUUGAAUCCUUGGAGGAGGUUCCUGAGGACCAGCCAGAGCCCGCACACGGCACAGAGGACAGUCCAGUAGUUUAUAACUCGAAUGAUCUUGAAGUCUUCUGAUGCAUGCGUUCUGCUGCUUACACAACUGACUGGCUAACUGACAGACCGACAAAGACGGACAUCAAUGAUACAUUAGGACAGUAAACCUUCUGUUAUGAUUAAAUCCCACAGUCAGAAUAUUCAGGAUGGGUUAAACAGCUUUCAGUUACUUUCAGAUAUGUAUCUUUGACUUGCUCCCUGGUUUCGGCCGCUGAUGCGUUUUGGGGACACUAAUUUAAAAACCUUCCUCUUCUGUUGGAGAAAAUGGACACAACUGGACUGCACUAGAAGGACAUGAAACUGAUGUCUUGUUAACAUGAGUUUUUGGAGUCAUUUUCUUUUGUUCAGUUUAAACAUAUUUGUUUAAUGAUAGCCUUAUACUUUAUAUAUUUUUUAGUGAGGCUUAUUAAAACUGCACUUGCUCUGA